UAAAGAAUAAUAAGGAUGUCCAAGGAACCGAAAAUUGUAAUAAUUGGUGCCGGUGCUGCAGGAAUUUCCGCUGCUUGUCGACUUUUUGAAGGGGGUCUCAGAGAUAUAGUAAUAUUAGAAGCGAAGGAUCGAAUUGGAGGCAGAAUAUUCACUACUGAUUUUGCUGAUAAUGUCGUUGAUCUGGGGGCACAAUGGGUUCACGGCGAGGUUGACAACAUCGUGCAUGACCUCGCGAAGGAACAUAAACUCCUCGAAUCUUCAUAUAACUUAAAUGACACCAAUAGACAUGUAUUCGUUGAUGCCACGGGACAGCUGUUAUCCCAAACGGAGUCCUCGAAGAUCUGGGCUUUAUACUACACCAUCAGUAAUGCUGAAGAAGAGGAGUUAACGCAGCAUGAGGGUUCUCACGGAGAUUUUUUCAUACGUAGAUUCCAUGACUAUUGCACGAAGAAUCGUUUCACAAGUUCCAAACGAGCCAGUGAAAUUUUAGAAUGGAUGGGAAAGUUCGACAAUAGCAUACAGUGCAGUGACACCUGGUUUGACGUAUCUUCGAGAGGAUUAGCGGAAUACAAGUGUUGUGAUGGAGACUUGCUGCUGAAUUGGAAGAACCGUGGAUUCAAAACAGUCUUAAGUCUUCUCAUGCAUGAAUAUCCUAACGAUUCUAACGCCAUUCCUAUUAUGGAAAAGAUAAGAUUCUGUACGGAAGUUAAAACCAUUGAUUAUCGAAACCCAGAAAAUAUUAUCAUUACAACAAAUGUAGGAGAGGAUUACCACGCAGAUAACGUAAUUUUUACAGCCUCACUGGGGGUUUUAAAACAUCAACACGCCUCUCUCUUUACGCCUCCACUUAGUCUUUCAAAGGAGCUCGCCAUUAAUGGACUGAAUAUAGGGACCGUCAAUAAAAUAUUUUUAGAAUUUCCUCAUCAAUGGUGGCCAGAGAACAUUGCUGAUUUUGAGUUUCUCUGGACUGAAGACGAGAAGCGAAAAUUUUUCGAGGAUGCUACCAAUAAUGAUCAUUGGCUACUUGAAGUUUUUGGUUUUUUCACAGUUGAUUACCAGCCUCGGAUUCUCUGUGGUUGGGUCACAGGUCAGGCAGCAAGGGACAUGGAAGUACUCCCAGACUCAGAAGUGAAAGAAAAACUUUAUGGACUUCUGAAAAAAUUCCUAAGCAAGGAAUUUGACAUUCCUGCUCCAGUUAAUAUUCUAAGAUCAGGGUGGCACGGGGAUAAACACUUUCGUGGUUCAUACAGCUUCAGGAGUUUAACUUCCGAGCGCACAAACGUUUGGGCUAAAGAUCUGUCUGUACCUAUCCUCACAGGACCUAGUAAGCCCGCCAUCUUGUUCGCUGGUGAAGCUACGCAUAGUCAUUAUUACUCGACUGUGCAUGGUGCUGUGAUGACAGGAUUCCGGGAAGCCGAUCGGUUGGUGGAAUAUUAUGGGUCUUAUUCUUGGAAAGGAGAUGAUUCUUCCAAUGAAUCCGAAGAAACUCCAGGAAAACAAUAGCUCCAUGGAGCAUUAUUUGUUUAAGGCUGUUGAAAUUUUGAUUCACGAUAUUCCAUGAAUUGGAAAUUAAAGAAAUCAAAUUGAUGUAACGAAAUAUUUUUAU